UAAAACUGUUAUAAUGGUACAAAUAACUGUAGAGAUGGUCAGAAAAAAAGCUGAACACCACGAUGGACUUCUCGCACCGCUUGAAGAGAUAGCUCUGCAUCAAGAGAACAUCGAGAAAAUUGAAUUCAUACAGGACUGGUGCCCCAAACUUAAAAUACUCCUACUGCAAAGUAAUCUUAUUGCAAAAAUAGAGAACCUUAAUAAACUAAAGCACCUUACUUACCUUAAUCUAGCAUUAAAUAAUAUUGAGGUUAUAGAAAAUUUGGAAAGAUGUGAGUCAUUACAAAAGCUCGAUCUAACUUUAAACUUUAUAGGUGACAUAAUUAGUGUAGAAAAUCUUAUAAAUAACUACAACUUAAACAAUUUAUAUCUUGUUGGAAAUCCGUGUACCGAUUAUGACAACUAUCGUGAUUUCGUAAUUGGAACUUUACCGCAACUUGAAAGUUUGGAUGGCAAGGAUAUUGAACGAUCUGACAGAAUAAAAGCCUUACAAAAUCUUAAAAUAAUCAUGUCGGAUAUUUUAUUUGAACAAGAAAACUACAAAUAUCAACGCAUGAAACAGAAAUCAAGGUUAGAAAAAAAUAUUCAAUCAAAAUGGGAAAAUGAAUAUAAAGAUAUGGAUCCAGAUGAACGGAAUAAAAAAUUUUGGUCUGAGAAAUGUGAACAUGCCCCUGAAGUUCGAUACGAAAUAGAAAAGAUGCGACAAUUAAAAUUAAAUAGCUAUAAUACUGAAAAACAAGUAGAAGAAAAAAGGGAAUACAAAUUAUUCGCAUCAGAUGGCAGACCCUUUAAUAUAAAUCAGCCAAAAAUAGCUUUUAUGUUUAAUGAUUCUGAACCUGAUAAAUACAUUCUGGAUUUAGCUGUAUACAAGUAUUUAGAUACUAGUUUAGUCGAUAUCGACGUCCAACCAAAUUAUGUGCGCGUUAUUAUCAAGGGUAAAAUAUUUCAACUCCAUCUGCCGGAGGAAGUCAACACUACUAAUUCUACAGCACAACGGUCACAGACCACUGGGCGUCUGCUUGUUAUAAUGCCAAAAGCAAAUGCUAACUUCAAAAAACCAUCUUUGCUAAAGAGUAGCACUGCAAAUUCUCAAAAGUACACCGAACAAAACAUAGAGAACUGUGACCUAAAAAGAGGACAAUCGAAAAGAGAAUUUCUUGAAAUAGGUCCAGCAGAUAACGUUUUAGACUUUACUAAAAUGACUCGAAAUAUAUCUAAACCGAGUUAUAUUGAUUUGAGAUUUAAACUACAGUCAAAACAAACUUCUCCCGAUUUUGUUGAUGAUCCUUCAGUUCCUGAUCUAAUUUAAAACCCAACUCUUAUUUCUUAAAUUAUUUAUCAUCUAUAAUUUAAUUAAUACAAACUUCUUAAUCCAAAUAUUGUUUAUUUCCUGAUAGAAAGUCAAG